CAAAAUAUGUUUGAACGUUUAGCUGAUCGUAUAUCACAAUUAGUUUAUAAAGGUUUUGCUAUACAUAUAUUACGUGGUAGACCAUUAUAUAGUCAAAGUCGUUUAAUGGAAAAUACAAUAAAAAAAUUACGUGUUUCUGGUCGAUUAGCUGUAUUAACUGUUAUUGGUGAACAAUCAUCAGCUAAAAGUUCAUUAUUAAAUAGUACAUUUGGAUGUAAUUUUCGUGUGAGUUCUGGAAGAUGUACAAUUGGAGUUUAUUUAGGUAAUGUAUAA